CGCUUUUGUUCUCGACAUUCACCAGUUCCCGGCCCAUCAUGUCUGAAGCAGAGCUGAAGGCAACUCUCUCAAGCAGCGCGACUGCAACUGACCGCGAGAAGGAGGACGCGAUAGUCGCGCUCGGUGCGCUCUACCGCGACCAGCGCGAUGCAGAGCGCCUCGCUGAAGUCAUCACCCUCUCGCGCGGCUUCAUGAGCUCGACUGCGAAGGCGAAGACUGCAAAGCUUAUCCGCACCCUCCUCGACUUCUUCCACCCGAUCCCUGGCUCGACCCCCGUACAAGUGCGCGUCCUCGAGGAGAACAUCGCAUGGGCGAAGGGCGAUAAGCGCAUCUUCCUCAAGCACUCGCUCGAGACAAGACUGGGGGCACUGUACCUGGAGCUCGGGGAGUACCAGAAGGCGCUGAAACUGAUCGACGCGCUGCUAAGCGAGCUCAGGCGACUGGACGACAAGAUGAUCUUGACGGAGGUGCACCUGCUGGAGAGCCGCGUCUACCAGGGGAUCAGAAACUUUGCAAAGGCGAAGGCCGCUCUCACCUCCUCUCGAACCGCCGCAAACUCCAUUUACUGCCCUCCCCUCCUCCAAGCCUCCCUCGAUCUCCAAUCCGGUGUCCUUCACGCCGAAGACAAGGACUGGACAACGUCAUACUCCUACUUCUACGAAGCCUUCGAGGGCUUCAGCGGCUCCGACGCGGAGCGCGAUGCCCUCGGCGCGUUCAAGUAUAUGCUCCUCUGCAAGAUCAUGUCGAACUCGCCAGACGACGUCGGGCCCCUCCUCGCGCACAAGCUGGGCAGCAAGUUCGCCAACGAGCGCGCCGUGGAGGCCAUGCGCGCGAUCGCCGCCGCGCACAAGGGCCGCGACCUCGGCGAGUUCCAGAAGGCGCUGCGCGACUACAAGGACGAGCUCCAGACGGACCCGACGAUCCGCUCGCAUCUGUCCUCCCUCUUCGACACGCUCCUCGAGCAGAACUUGUUGCGGAUAAUCGAGCCGUAUGAGGUCGUCGAGAUCGACUAUGUGGCGAAGCAGGUCGGGCAGAGUAAGGUGGCGGUAGAGGCGAAGCUCUCACAGAUGAUCCUCGACAAGGUCCUACCCGGCGUCUUGGAUCAGGGUCGCGGAUGCCUGUUGGUGUACGACGAGCCCGAGGCGGAUACCUCAUACGGCGCAGCGAUCGACACGCUGCAGCAGGUGGGGAAGGUCGUUGAGUCGUUGUAUGCUAAGACCGUCAAAAUCGCAUAGCACUGUAUCUUUACUCACGCAUGACUGCAAUAUAUCUCUUCCUGUAUUCGGGUGUCUAUGUGGACGAUUGAUGGGGUACCAUACCCUUGACUGUUCGACGUCAUGAACUCACGAACACAAACAGAGUGACUUCUCAGGACGGCGCACUCUCACUCUCGAAAGCGCGCGCCUCCUCAGCCCCCCUGUCGUUUUUUGAGCCUCUGAACCCACUGCUC